GCAACUUCAUGGCUCGCAUACACAACGUGACUGAAUUCAUUUUCCUAGGAUUUUCUCCCAGCCGGGAGGUGCAGAAAGUUUGUUUCGUGCUAUUUCUGCUUUUGUACACAGCAGUUUUGCUGGGCAAUUCCCUCAUUGUGCUCACUGUCAUGACCAGCAGAAGUCUUGGUUCUCCCAUGUACUUCUUCCUCAGCUGCCUGUCCUUUGUGGAGAUCUGCUACUCCUCCACUACAGCCCCCAAACUCAUCUCAGAUUUGCUGGCUGAAAGGAAAGCAAUAUCACUGUGGGGCUGCAUGACACAGCUUUUCUUUAUGCACUUCUUCGGUGGUGCUGAGAUCUGCCUGCUCACUGUGAUGGCCUAUGACCGCUAUGUGGCCAUCUGUAGGCCCCUCAACUACAGGACCAUCAUGAACCGGCAAGUGUGUGCUGUCCUGGUGGGAGUAGCAUGGGUGGGGGGCUUUGUGCAUUCCUUUGCCCAAAUCCUCCUGCUCUUCCACUUGCCCUUCUGUGGCCCCAAUGUGAUUGACCACUAUUUCUGUGACCUGCUUCCCCUGCUCAAACUUGCCUGCUCUGACACCUUCCUCGUCGGUCUGCUGAUUGUUGCCAACGGGGGGACCUUGUCUGUGAUCAGCUUUGGGAUCAUCUUAGCCUCCUAUGUGGUCAUUUUACUCCAUCUGAGGACUCGAAGCUCUGAGGGGCGGAGUAAGGGGAGUAAGGCCCUCUCCACCUGUGGGUCCCAUAUCACCGUGGUUACCUUAUUCUUUGGGCCCUGCAUCUUCAUCUAUAUGAGGCCUUCCACCACCUUGUCUGUAGACAAGAUGGUGGCUGUGUUCUACACCGUCAUCACGCCGCUCCUCAACCCUGUCAUCUACUCCCUGAGAAAUGCUCAAGUGAAGAAGGCCAUGAAGAAACUGUGGAUCAGGACAAUGAAGCUAGAUGAGAAAUAAAGGGUGACUCUUGGUAUUGAUCCUUGGGUUUAGAAUGAUGCUGAGUCCAAACUGAAGGGGCAGAAUGGGGUGAA